AUGGGAACAGUUCUCCAUCCUCAAAGUCUGCUGGAUGGCUUUCGUAGAGUUAUUGAUGAUUGUUUGCUCUUAGAGCUGGAUUUAAGUGGAGGCAAAUAUACCUGGGAGAAAAGCCGUGGCACUAGCAACUGGGUUAGAGAGAGAUUGGACAGGGCGUUUGUGUCUCGAUCUUGGUUAAGUCAAUUCCCCAUGUGUCAUCUAUCUGUCCAUCAUACUUCAUGUUCUGAUCAUGAUCCUAUAAACCUUGAUCUCCUGAAUGUGACAUGCUCUAUGAAGCGUUUUCGUUUUAGGUUUGAGAAUACCUGGCUCGAGGAACCAAGUUUCCGUAAAGAAGUAACCGAAUAUUGGCUUGAGCUUCCUCCAACUCAUAUUCUUCCAAAGCUCAUUGAUAAGUGGUAUUUAUACACACUUAUAGGCCUUCAUUUCCACUUAAAUUGGUUGGUUGUACUUAAGUGA